GCAAACCCGACAAAUGCUGGGUUUCAUCGAGCUCGACGCAUAGAUGUCGACCUUGAAGAAGGAGAGGUGCUGUUCGUUCCUGGCGGUGCCCCGCAUUUAGUCGUAAAUUUGACGGACACUGUGGCAUUUGCUGGGAAUUUCCUGGACGAUUCGAAUUUGGAGGCAACUUUGGCAGACAUCAAAGAAAUGGCUGCCAAAGAAGGCCGUCUGGAGGCGAAAGAGCCCGGACCGAUGGAAGGUUUCCUAUCAGCGUUGGAGGAGAUGGUGUUCGAUCCGAACAAAGCAAUCCACGAGGAAAUGUUACCAGGCCGCAUGCUCGCAGUACGGUAUGCAGAUUUCGAAGGUGGACGAGCGGCAG